AUGAAGACGCUGUCGAAGCAGCCGUCGACUGCAACUGUUUUGUUCUGCGGUGCACGCGGCCAAGAGCUCGGGACGGAAAGAGCAGCUCACGGUGCUUCGAGUACUGGACUGCGAGACGCUUUCGAUGCCGAAGAAGAUUGCGCUAUUUGGCGCACAGGUCCCCGGCAGACCAGUUUGAUGUUUGACGUGAUCGAGGCUAACGGCGAGCGUGUGAUGUUGACAGCAGAUGCCGAGAGCUCCAAGCGCUAUAUGGCGCACGCGCUCAGUCGUCUCUCAUUCGUAGGAGACCGAAAGCGUUACCAAUACUUCUGCCCCUUAAAGUCGCUCGGGCUCGGCUCCGAUGCCGCCUUCGAAUAUCUUGUCACCUGUGCUGAAGCUUACUUGGAAGAGGAAGUGUACAGUGGAAGGACGGCACCUGGACCCUUGAAAGAGGAAAGGAAAAGCAGCUGCACGACCAUUUGCCGACGGUGA